GUGAUAUUUAACGUAUUCAAUAACUACAAUGUUAUAACAUGAUAAUUAAUCCAUUGAUUAAGUUUACUAAGGAAUUAAAAUUUAAAAAUUAUUUAACAUUUUGGAAUUAAUUAAAUUAUGCCUAACAGUCAAUUACAUCCAGCAUUUUAUGCUUCACGUAGACAAUUAUGGGCAACAUUAUCAACAGGUAAAGUAUCAUGUUUAUGGAAAUUCAUUCAAAACUAUGGUAUCGGUUCAAAUUGUACAUCAUUAAGUAAUAUAUGGUAUGUGAUUUUCACUACAUCAAGUAUCACGUGUCUAUUAGUACGUGCUAUAUGGCGUUAUAAAAAUUUUAAAACACAAGCAUAUGAUCCAAGGUUUGGUAAUAAAUGGGAUGAAAUGCAUACAUUGUAUUUUCAAUUGACAUCAAUUAUUUUAAGUCUUUGUUUAUUUCCAAUCAUGAUUUAUUCUGCAUUAUGUCGUAUUGGUCAUUCAGCUAAUGAUUCAGUGAUACUUGGUAAAGAUAUGUUACAUUUACAAAAUUUGCUAUUCUCUUUUCCAACUUUACAAAAAUUCACUACAAUGUCAACAAAUACCAAUCUAUAUGGUAAUAAUAAUAAUGAAAGUCGUUAUAAUAGUACUGUAUUAUCGAAUGUGAAUGGUAUCACUCGAUCACGUGAACAUUCUUCAUCUAUUGAAGAGGAUAUAAUAUUAGAUUCAUUUAUUAUUAAAAAACGUGGUGAAGAUUUUUAUGAACAAAUAUCAAAUCAUUUUAAACCAUUUUCAACUAUAUUAUAUGUUAUUAUUAUCUAUUUAUUUCUUUUACCUAUAUGUAUUAUGGAAGCGGAACAAAUUAAAAAUGAAGCAAUUGAUCCACGUUAUGUAUUUCAAUCGAAUGUGGAUAGAUUAUUUGGUCAAUCGGCCAAUGAAAAAUACACUACAUUUUUUCUGCAACAUAUAACAAGUGAUACAAAUCAAAAUAUCAAUGACCCAUUAUUAUCUAAAGAUAAUAAUUUACUCUAUGAAAAUGAACGUCCAUUUCCAAGUCAUCAUUAUCCAUUGAUUCCGUCAGAAAUGAGCAUUGAAUAUAUUUGUUUUCUGAUUAGUUUAUUUAUGUUAACUAUCCAAUAUGCUGCACCAUUUUAUUUUACCAGUCGUAUAUUCUCAUUAUUAUUUUCCAUGUAUAUAGCGUUGACUAGUGUCUAUUUAUUGAUCGAUGUUGAAACAAUCUCUGUUUUGUAUAAAUUAAAUACAGUCGGUGUACGUGACCCAGGCGGAUCACUGGUUGUUCAUAUUGAUACUAAUGUCAAGUAUAUCACAUCAUGGUAUUGUGUCUUGUUGAGUGCAGCUAGUCUACCAGCCAUGAUGAUAUGUCUAAUGGCUAUUUAUGCUUAUGGUGAAACGAAAUUUAAAGAAGCUGUAACUAAUUAUGCUCAGUUGUUAAUUGCUGGAGAAAUUCCAUUGAUCAAUCAUAAUAAUCAUAAUAAAAUCACUAAUCAUGGUAAUUUCACAAAAAGUGUUGUAGACUAUGAUGCCGCUAAUCAUAAUCCAGAUUCGAAUGGUACUGUUGAAACAAUGAUUGGUGAACAAGUUCACUUGGAACCAACUUGCCAAGAGUAUAUCAUAAAUCUACCUAUAACACUUGCAAUUACAACAAAACAUUGGCAUCCACCUUUGUCAAAUCGACGUACUGGUCAGCAACAGCAGCAACUUCCAAAAAGAUCAAAUACUCCAUUGCCUUAUGGUCAAUCACAAAAUAAUGGCAGUGAAAUAUCAACUUCAUUAAAACGUAAUCGUGGAAUUCCAUUAUCUACAAGUACAGAAUUAACUAAUUCUGUUCAUACACUUAAUGAAGCAAGUAACACUUCAUCUAAAUCAUCAACACAACCUCGAUUAUCUCGUAUUGGAUUGAAUAUUAUUGCAACGAUUACUUUUCUAUGGGUUUUAAUAAUUCGUAUCUGUUUAAUGGGUUCAAUAUUAAAAUGUUAUUGGAAAACUGGUCUUGAGCUUGCAUUAGCUGACACUAUCUUAACAGUGCUGUAUCUGAUAUGUUGGCUUAUUCUAUGGUUUGGUUUAAGUGUUAAAACUGCUUGGCGAUUUCGUUUGUUACAUAAUAGCAAUUAUUUCAAUUCGACUAGUCAAAGAGAUAGUUAUCUACAAAAAAGUUUCUUUCCUAAUAGAUGUGAUAGUCAAGCAUUUGGACCGGCAGAAUUACAGCAACAACCACAACAACAACAAAUACAGCUGAAUGUGAAUGGUGCUUAUCCAAACCUAUGGCCAUAUGUUACUUAUCCACCUUGGAUUGCACCCGGCACUGUGAUCACUGCAGGUUUACCUGUAGGCACCAAUAGUGAUGUUCAACAAACGAACAAUGUAAUUAACGGAUUACCGGUUGGUGCAGCUAAUGGCGGCGAUUCACUUUAUGGAUUUUUCCCUGAUUUAACAACUAAUCAGCCACAAAAUCCAUCGACUGACAUAACAAAUCCAUAUCAUUCACAUGCACGGUGUAUUUCUCUACCAUCUGGACCGCCGACUUUAUCUGAAGAAUCAGAUCUAACAACAAAUCAACAAGAACGAAAUGAUUGUAAUGGAAAUAAUAAAUAUUUUAGACCUGUGACAACACCUAGUCUCGCUGGUUCUAUUUAUUUAAAUGAUAAUCAACCAACAUCAAUGGAUCAACUGCGUCAACCGUAUCCAACUACACAAAAUACUAAUCUACCACGAAGUAGGACAAUUCAAGAAAUUGCCUAUUCCGAUGCUUAUGAACAAUAUUGUAACAGAACCGGAGGCGUUGUUCAUAAUUCUUCACAUAUGAACAAUCAAAGACAUAGAAUUUCACCUAUGAUACCGGAACCAACCUAUGCUACAUUGGCAACUUUAUCGAAACAAUCCAUACAAAAUAAUAAUAAUAAUAAUGCUUUCCGACCGAAUUCUGUCACACCACUUGACACAUCACAUCAUAAUAAAGGUAAACUAUCACCGAUAACUAUUUCACGUAACAUUUCAUAUCGUCGCCCAUGUACACGUGUGACAUUUCAAGAUAUUGACAAUAAUUUCACUGGAUCUAGAAUUAUUAUUAAUGAUGGAGCUACUGGGAGUAGUGAUAGUGGAGUAUGUACUAAUGGGCAUAGUUCAAGUGUUCUUCAACAAAAUGGUAAUUAUCCAGAGAAAUCCUAUUCAAAAGGUAAAAUUAAAUCGGAAUUAUUUAAUAUGUUUGAAUCAGAUGUAUAUAAUAAUAAUAAUAAUAAUAAUAAUAAAAAUAAUAAUCAUCAUACUACUAAUACUACUACUACUACUAUCAGUAAUAAUAAUAAUGCUAGUAAAAAUAAUAAUGACAUUGAAAUAUCAACUGAUAUGACAAGUUUUGCUAUGAAAUGUAAUCAUAAACCAGAAGAAUGCAUUUCUUACAGUAGUCAUUAUGAUACUACUGAUAAUCAUAAAAGGCAUUCACAUUAUCCGCAUCCAAUCGAUUCUGAUGAUCGGUUAUGCAGUCAAGUAUGAUUCAACUUUAGGCUGAUUCAAAUACAUCCAUGCAAACUGUUUACUCUAUUUCGUUUGACAUAUGACAUAAUUUGAUGUUCAAUAAAGCUGAUUUUCAUUUAUUAUGCAUCAUCCAGCAUCAGAAAUAGUUGAUGUGUUGUAAAUUAUGCUCUUUUCAUUUAUGUCUGUUUGUAUGGGUGUGUGUGUGCGCCCGCGCGCUCAUUCUUUUUGAAUUCAUAAUUAUACUUCAUCAAUACGCCACAUACAUAUCCUAACAGUUCGUAACUACUUACACAAAUAUAUAUAUAUUCUUUACACAAUUCACUCUACAUGUAGUGAGUGUCAUUACAUAUCUUUUUGAACAUUCUCAUAAACUCACAAAUCAAACGGGAUCAAUCAUAUUUCAUGAGAUAUUUACCACUAGGAAGGAGUAUAAUAUUGGGUUUUUUUUGUUAUCUACUGUGAAUCAUGAAUAUAUAUAUGCAUAUAUAUUAUACAUAUAUUCAUGCCUUAUUCUUCGUCUCCGUUGUUAUUGUAACUUUGUAAUUUAAACUUGUUUGUUUUAUUUGUUUGUUUUAUUCAAUUGUCAAUGCAUUCAUUAUUCAAUUGAUCAUUUCAACGUUGUGUACAUAUCAAACACAUUUUGUUUUUUGUGCAUUUUUCUCUAAGAUAAUUUCUAUUCUAAUAAUGAUUAAAAGUAUCAAACAUUUCAUUGUUAACUAUGAUAAAAAAAUGUAAUGAAUUUUGAAAAGAA